AUGAGGAUUGAUGAGGUUGUGCUGUCCUUCUCCCUUCUUCUCUCUUUGCCGCUAUGCUUCCAAAUAUGUUUCGCUGGAGAUACUUCGAACGCUGCCCAGAACAUAACUCAGCUCUCCGGAGGGAACCUUGUUUCAUCAAACAGCACAUUUGAGCUGGGCUUCUUUUCUCCAGAUGUCCAAAAUGGUGACAAAAGAUACUUAGGGAUUUGGUAUCACGGGCUGGAACCACAAACAGUGGUGUGGGUUGCCAACAGAGAUGAUCCUGUUGCAGAUUCCAGAGGAGUUUUUCGAAUUGCUGAGGAUGGAAAUGCGGUGGUAGAAGAUGCAUCAAAAAGGCAUUGGUCGUCGGGACUUGAAGCAUCCCCGUCCACAAACAGAACAUUGAAGCUCCUGGAUUCAGGGAACCUAGUACUGAUAGACGACUCUGGAACGAGUUACCUGUGGCAGAGCUUCCAACACCCAACAGACACGUUUCUUCGUGGCAUGAAAAUGGAUGCAAAUUUAACGUUGACUUGUUGGAGGGACGCCACUGACCCAGCACCCGGCGACUACGUCUUCAAGCUGGGUCCUAGUCGAAACUUGGUAGUGAAAGAGCAAUCACAACUUCACUGGACAGAGUCACUCGAAGAACUCGAUGCAAGGAUCUCUAGGUUUUUGGCCAUCGCCAGGUAUUCAAGUAACAUCUCGCAACCUCACAUUGACGUAAAAUCAAGGCUAUUAAUGGAUUCUAGCGGAGAGAUACAGUUUCUGAAGUGGGACGAGGAAGAUACACAAUGGGUUAAACGCUGGUCGGGGCCAGAUGGCAAAUGCGAGGUAUAUAACCAUUGCGGGAGCUUCGGGGUCUGUUACGAAAAUAAUUUGAAUUUGCCUGAAUGCAAAUGUUUACCAGGAUUCAAACCCAAGGAUGGAGAAGGCAAAGGGUGUGUCAGAAAAUCAACAUCUUCUAUAGACACGGAUGUGACGUUCCUGAACUUAACCAACAUACGAGUGGGUGACCCAGACAAAACAUUCGACCCCAGAACACAAGCAGAAUGUCAAUCCUUAUGCCUUAACAAUACCAGGUGCCAGGCAUAUUCAUUUAAACAAAAAAUUCCUUCUAGAACGUCAGACGAUAGUGAUUACGUUAAUACAUGCAAAAUUUGGACUCAAAAUUUAUCAACUCUCUCAGAGGAUCAUGAUCGUGGUAAUCUUUCUGUCCUGGUUAAGAGAUCAGAUAUAGCAGCAACUGCAAAAUCGUGUGAACCUUGCAGCACAUACGAGAUUCCUUAUCCGCUAAGCACUGGGCCAAACUGUGGAGAUCCUACGUACAACAAGUUCAAUUGUAAUGAAUCGAUGGGCCACGUUAGCUUCACGAUGCCUGGAGGAAUAUCAUACCAAGUUACUUGGAUAGAUGAAGACACCAGAAUGUUUUACAUUGAAACAAAUGAUUCAGAUUUCUGUGUUUCCAGAAAUCAAAGUAACACACCUAAAUUCCCGUUUAAUAUGUCAGAGUGUUCUAAAAAUGAUGAUAAUGAUGGAAUGAUUAAAAUCAAUUGGGCACCAGCACCAGAACCGCCCUGUAGGAAGCCCACAGACUGCGAGAAUUGGCCCCAUUCGACAUGCAGAAAAGGAGAAAACAGAAAGAGAAAAGCUCAUAAGCUUGACGGGGCAAGUAGUCAAAUUCAGCAGAGCUUGUACGAGAGUGAAAGACAUGUGAAAGGUUUGAUUGGCUUAGGAAGAUUAGAAGAAAAAGACAUUGAAGGAAUUGAAGUGCCCUGUUAUACUUUUGCAAGCAUUCUAGCAGCUACAGACAAUUUCUCAGAGUCUAACAAGCUUGGAAAAGGAGGUUAUGGACCUGUAUAUAAGGGAACGUUUUUUGGAGGUCAUGAUAUAGCUGUAAAGAGACUUUCAAAUGUUUCCACUCAAGGCUUACAAGAAUUCAAAAAUGAUCAUGAGGUUAUUCUAAUUGCCAAACUUCAACACCGGAACCUAGUUAGACUCAGAGGCUAUUGCAUAAAAGGAGAUGAAAAGAUCUUACUUUAUGAAUACAUGCCAAACAAGAGCUUGGACUCGUUUAUAUUUGGUUAG